CCAAUAAAAAACAGGUAAAAACUAGAAGGAGAGAAAGUCAAGUAGAGACUUUCUUAGUGAUUUCUUCAAGAACACUCAACGCGCGAUUUUGCAAACAAAACGAAGAAAAAUUCAAUUUUUUCUUCUUCCUUGAAAUCUUUCAAUCAUUCACUGUAAAAAAAUAUGGGAAUUUCAUUUAGCAGCAAUAGAAGAAGAAACAACAAUAGUCACCCUUAUUACCAUCAUCACCACCACCACCCUCCACCACCUCCCCCUUACUAUUACUCUACAGAACCACCCAUUUCCCACCCUCCUCCUCCACCACCACCGCCCCCGCCGCCACCACACCAAAAUUACUUCCCUCCAACAACAGCAGCAGCAGCUCCUUAUCCUACCCCCCCACCUACUCAAAUUCACUCUUAUUAUAGUCACCCUUACCAUUCUUGCAAUUAUGCAAACAGAUUCAAUUAUCAACCUUUUUAUUAUUCUAAUCAGGCUAAUGGGUGGCCUCCUGUUAGGCCUAAUGUGGGUUCUGGUCAGCAAAUUGAGCCUGCUCCUUAUAUUGAGCAUCAGAAUGCUAAGAAAGUCAGGAAUGAUGUUAAUGUGCAUAAAGAUACUCUGAAAGUUGAAAUUGAUGACCAGAAUCCUGAUACUUACUUGGUUUCUUUCGUCUUUGAUGCUUUAUUUGAUGGGAGCAUUACGAUUUUCUACUUUGCCAAGGAAGAGGCUAACUGUAGAUUUAUUCCUGUAUUUCCUGAAGCCCAUACACCUGUGAGAAUACCCUUCCAAAAAGGUCUUGGCCAGAAAUUUUGUCAGCCUUCAGGAACAGGGAUUGAUUUAGGUUUUUUUGAGUUGGAUGAUCUCUCAAAACCAUCACCUGGGGAAGAUGUCUUUCCACUUGUUAUAGUUGCUGAAACAUGUUCGGCAAUUCUUUCAGCAAAUGAACAUGUUGAGGAUUCUGGGUCAAACACAACUAACCACAUGCAGAUUACUCUAGCUGUUCUUGAGAAGAAGAACAAUGAUCCUUUCCAAGUGAGAGUAAUAAAGCAAAUCUUGUGGAUUGAUGGAGUUCGAUAUGAGCUGCGGGAGCUAUAUGGAAUAGGAAGUUCAGCAGCUGAAGACUUCAACGACUGUGAUCCUGGGAAGGAAUGUGUGAUUUGCAUGACAGAACCUAAGGAUACUGCUGUGUUACCUUGCCGACAUAUGUGUAUGUGCAGCGACUGUGCAAAAGAAUUGAGGCUCCAAUCAAAUAAGUGCCCCAUAUGUCGUCAACCCAUUGACGAACUUAUAGAGAUCAAGAUAAAUAAUGGUGAUCAAUAGAAGAUACUUUGUUUUGUUACCAUUUGGAUUUAUGGUAAAGUUGUCAACCCUUUUUUCACUGUAUCUGUUUCCCUCUGAAUGUCAAUGCUAAAUAUUUUGUACAUUUUCGAGUCUUUAUCAGUUUCUCAACUUUCUUGUGGCAUUGUAUAAAGAUAACCAUGUAGAUCUAAUCUUCCAGGGAUAUUAUUUAUAAAGUUCAAAAUUGAUUGUGCCUUUGGUCA